AUGCCAAAGGUCGCCAUAGCCGGUGCCGGCCUAGUUGGCGCGCUAAACGCAUGCUACUUCGCUCAACGUGGAUUGGGAGGUGGAGAUAUAAGAACAAUGGAGCAUGUGCCAGGCCGCAGUAUCAACUUAGCGCUAUCACAAAGAGGAAAAUGCGCACUGGAAGCGGUCGGACUGAAGGAUUACAUUGUUGAACAAGGUGUGGCCAUGUACGCUCGACUAGUCCACAACAUCGACGGGAAAACAUUCAGCCGUCAGCCGUACGGACAGCCUGGAGAGCAUAUCGUCUCGAUCAAUCGGAGGCACUUGAACGAAGUGCUCAUAAGUCAAGCAGAAAGCAAUGAAAAAGUGAAAUUCUUCUUCGAACACAAGGUACGAGCGGUAGAUGUGGACAAGAAAGAAAUGUCUGUGACCUUCAUUGGUGGUUCGAAGAUACCUAAGCCGGGACAGUCUGCAAGCAGAUUUGACUAUUCACAAGAGUACAUCGGACAUGGCUACAUCGAGUUGAAUAUUCUGCCAAAAAAUGGUGAUUAUGCACUCGAGCCAAAUGUGUUCCAUGUAUGGCCAAGAGGUCAACUCACACUGAUAGCGUUGGCGAACCGUGAUAAAACGUUCACAGUGACUAUAUUCGCCCCGUUCUCCGAAUUCGAAGACAAUAUGUCCACUCCUGAAGAUGUCGCUUCAUUUUUCCAGAAGAACUUUCCCGACGCUUAUGACUUGCUUGGGCCAUGUCGACCCCAUGAUUUCGGCAAUUUUGUGCUUCUUGCUGGUGAUGCUGCACACGCAAUGGCGCCGUUCUACGGUCAGGGAAUGAAUUGUGGAUUUGAGGACUGUUUAGUGCUGAAGGAAACGUUAGAUGCCUGCAACGACGACAUCCGUGAGUUCCAUUGUGUUGAA